CCGCAAACUGCAGUUCCCCUCUGUCAAAAUUGUCUUAGAUCAGCUCACCAGGCCAACAACAUGGACACCGCUCCCGUGCAUGAAGACAAUCAGUAUCCGGAUCCGCAAUCACUCGGCACUGUUCUCAUAACUGGAGGCGCCGGAAUUGUGGGAUCCCACCUCGCAGAGGCCUUUGUAAAAUCCAACCCAAAGCCCGCCAAAAUAGUCGCGACAUAUCACUCCCAGAAAGCAACUCAAUUUGCAUGUCCUAGAGUGUCCUAUCACGUCUGCGACAUCACUUCAGCAGACGAAGUCUCGAAAUUGCUCGACGAGGUCCGACCCACUCUCAUUAUCCACACCAUAUCCCCGGGCCCAUGGGCAUCUGCAUCGCUGCAACACAAAAUCAACUACGAAGCCACAGAACAGCUCGUUGAGCUGGCGAAGAAGCAUCCUUCAGUGCAAGCAUUCAUCUACACGAGCUCCAUCUUCGCGGUUGAACUUCCCACCACCCCACCUGAUGUUCCGCUCACUGAGGAGACCGCAAAGCUGAACAUUCUUGACUCUUCCCACUCAAUCACAAGCGCCUAUGCUCGUACAAAAGGAGCCGCCGACGCCUUGGUGCUUGCUGCAAAUACCGGCCGCUCCCUGCCUCACAGCAAUCUUAACGAUACUCAGUCCUUCUCCGGGCAGCUACUCACAUGCACCCUCCGCAUCGGCGGUCUCUACGGUGAACGCGACGAGAAAACCCUAGGCGAGAUGCUCAAGCUCGUCAACACUUCGGCUACGCGCGUGCAAUUCGGAAACGACGAAGCGUCAAUGAGUGGACAUACACCGAGAACGCAGCAAUAGCGCACGUGCUUGCUGCACAGCGCCUUAUGAGCCCGAUCACGACUAGCGACGACCCAGCGCUGAAAGUUGACGGCGAGGCCUUCUUUAUCUCCGACGGCAUGCCGAUGCCGUUUUGGGACUUCUGCCAUCGUGUGUGGAAGGAGGCAGGUGAUAGACAUCAUGCUUCCGAAAAGCCUUCGAUAACGAAGAUUCCGUUUGGGAUGCUAAUCCCCGUGGUGCAAGCUGUGGAGAUGGUGGUGGGGAUUUUGAGGCCUGGAGGGGAUGAGUUGAAGCUGAAUAGUUGCCAUUUGAAGUUCAUGCGAGCGGGCUGUAGGGUGGAUAUCAGUAAGGCGAAGGCGCGGCUCGGGUAUGAGCCCGUUUGUGGGACGGAGGAGGGGAUAAAGAGAAGUGUUGAAUGGUUUAUGAAUGCCAGAAAUAGUAAAUGACGGCGUAGUGUUCCGGAAAUUCAUGGUGUUCGAAUAUUU